AUGCAACCCAUAUAUCCGAGUCAAUCCAGUCAUAGCCCACAACUCUCCUCUCAACACAUCGAUAGCUUUGGAGGAUAUGGUAAUUGUGGCAAAAGACAUGCCGUAGGAAUUCACGGAAGAGUGCAGAACCUUCAAUAUCACGAAAGUUCGACCGAAUUUGGGGAGUUUCCGUGGCAGGUGGCCAUCCUUAAGAGAUUAGGUCCCGCAGACAGUCUCUAUGUGUGCGGCGGUGCACUUAUUUCACCCAAUUUUAUCGCAACGGCAGCUCAUUGUCUCAAAAAAUACGGUCCGCAGGAUCUGAAAGUAAGACUCGGAGAAUGGGAUGUCCACAGAGAGGACGAGUUCUAUCCAUAUGUGGAGAAGUUUGUCGACGAUAUUAUAAUACAUCCGGACUUCUUCGCGGGCAGUCUAUUGAACGACAUCGCACUCAUACGGCUCGACUCGGCGGUCGAUUUGCGUAACUCUCCACACAUCGCACCCAUAUGUCUGCCCGAACCGCACGAACACAUUGCCGGCCGAUGUUUUGUGAGCGGUUGGGGUAAGAAUGCGUUCGGACAUCAGGGAGAGUUCCAGAGCGUACUCACCAAAGUAGACCUCCCAGUCCUCAACCCGGGAGAGUGUGAACACGCCCUGAAACGGACCCGUUUAGGGUAUAACUAUCAGUUGCACCCGAGUAUGAUCUGCGCCGGCGGUGAACCGGGAAAAGACGCCUGCGAUGGCGACGGCGGCAGUGGUUUGGUAUGCGAUAUGAGAGGUGUGUGGAAAGUGGUAGGUCUGGUCAGUUGGGGCAUUGGCUGCGGACAGCCCGGUAUUCCCGGUGUCUACACAAAUAUGGCUUAUUUGAGGCCUUGGAUUGAUAGUCAUGUGUUGCGCUUUGGGGCCGGUUUUGGGCAACAGUUUAAUAGUUUUGAACCAGAAUUUGGA